GGAGAUGGUUUAGCCCGUGUACACCUGGUCUUAAGUUCCAGACGGUUUGAAUUUUGGCGGUUAUUCAGCAACAAUGUCAAACGGUGCAGUUGUAGUUAUUCAUCUCAUUUUUGUGUUGGCGGUCUUUCCAGAAGGUGUAACAGCUCUGGUACAGACAGAGCAGACUGUGGUGGCAGCAGUGGGAGAUGAUGCAUGUUUAAACUGCCAGCUCAUACAAACCAGAGAUGUUCUUCAAGUCACAUGGCAGAAAGAUUUAUCUGAGGGAGAGAAGAAUCUUGCCACCCACAACAAAUACUUUGGCCACAGAGUGAAUCCCGACUUUAGAGGUAAAGUGGAGAUUAAAGACGCCGGACUGCAGAACAGCUCCAUAGUUCUCAGAAAUGUGACGGAGCAGGAUGAAGGCUGCUAUCUCUGUCUGUUUAACACUUAUCCUGAUGGUGCUCUCACCGGUAGAACCUGCCUCCAACUCUAUGAGCUGCACGAGCCCAUUCUACACGUCAGACAGUCAGACUCCACUGAAGAGUCAGUUGUGUCCUGCUCGGCCACAGGACGACCUGCUCCAACAGUAACACUGAGUGUCACGCGACGAGACCUCGACUUCUCCCGCUACAAGGCUGUCAGCGUCAACGGCACCAACGGUAUGGUGACUGUCACUGCCACAGCUGUGCUGUCAGGUUUCCAUGACAACAGCGCACAGGUGGGAUGCGCGGCGCGAGUGCUCUCUGGCCAGAAAGAGGUGUUUAUGAUGAUUCCUGAGGUCAAACCGGCGCCUGCCGAUGGUUUGGAUAAAGAAUCUGGAUCUGAUCACAGAGACUUCAUCGGGACUUGGAUUGUGGUAGUUGCCUCUGGUUGCGUUGCCACAGCCAUCGCUGUCCGCCUUAAACAAAAACAUGACAACAGUCUGUCACACAGCGACCUGGAGAUGAGUGAGAUGCCUCAGACCACAGUCAACAAUAUAACCCAAAAAGCUCUAGUCACACAGGAGAAUGAUCAGAUCAGACAACGGACACCUCCCGAGAGAAAUAAAGAAAGCGACCACCCAGAGCUGUCACCUUCAACAGCUGGAAUACUUGAUUUUGACCAAUGUUAACUAUACAGUAAAACACAGUCAGUCCUGAACAAAACUGCACCAAAGCUUGAGAUACAAGAAAACUUAGUCUUCUGAAAUACCUGAAAGUUGACACUAAAAUCCUUGUGCAGUAUUCCCCCGUCAAUACAACUCUGUUACAAGUCUGCCCCUGUUCUUGGGCAAUGUUUCCUGCGUUUCAUGAAGAAUACUGUACAUAGUAGUUGAGAUGGUGAUGUUUUUGUGGUAUUUAAGUUUUUUACCAUCUUUUUUUACGACUUUUUGAUAAUAUUUUAUUUGGUUAUAU